AUGCUUGAGGGACUUGUGAAUGUAGGAACCGUUGAUUGCUCUGUUGAGCAGGAAUUGUGUGAAUUGUUGGAUGCAUCAUCUGGUGCUUCGUACUACCCGGCAAAGAAAGUACAAAAGGGAUAUGAGCAAGUGUUCUUUGCCGACUGUUCCAAAUUUGUGGAAGUAUGUCGCAAUAUGCUCGAUAUGGAUAAGCUUCCACAGUUUGUCACCUUCAAAACAACAGGAGGUUAUGAAAUCGACUACGGUAGGCUACUGCUUUCCAUUCCUUAA